AUGGACGUGAUAUCAUUCGCGCCGCCAAAAGACCCAAUCAGGAUUGUCUCCGCCCUGAAAGGCCUGCUGGAAGGGAAAAUAAGCCUGAGAGAUGGACGGCUUCUUCGUUUCAACAAAGACGAUGUGUUGUUGACCAGGUAUCGCGAGGAUGAUGCGGAGUCGGGAAAUACAGCCCACCCGCCCAGGAAGGAUUCGAUCAUGGCACCAUUGGAGAAAAUUGUCGGGAGGGAGGUCCUAGCAGUCUUGCGGAAAGACAAGAAGAUCAUCCUGGACGACGGCCGGCUUUGGACCGCGACGAGUCAUCAGAACAGGUCGUUCGAGUUUAUCACCAUGGACGAGCACGGUGUGAAGACGGUCACGAAAUGGGUCUUGUCAAAAAGGCGGAUCUCUGGCCUUGACGACCACCCUCCCUCCUCGAGCCAGCAGCCAGACACCACGUUCCACUUCAGCAUCAUCCGCCCGAACACCCGCAAGCACGCCGUGCUGGCGUCGUUGACUCGGUCAUCCCUUCAGAUCAAGGACAGUUACAACGAGCCGGCAACCAGCUUUGGCUCUGCGGAGGAUUUCGAGUCCGCCCCCAAAGUGGUGGACGAAGCUACGAGGAGCCUUAUUACAGCUACCGCUGUCUGGGUAGUGCUUACCCUUGGAUGGUCGCCGGCAUUCAAGGCAUCUGUUGGGGACCAACAGGACGCGUCCUGGAAAUGUGCCCCGGUUCCUCGUCCAACGAAGCACUCGACAUGGUAG